AAUAGCCAAAGUGCCAGCGUAUCGUCAACACGGCGAAAGCUAACCCGAAAAUCACACUCUCAAAACAAAACAGAAAGCACGGAAGCCAGAGGGAGUCCCCUGACGGAAGCAGACGAACUCCCCUCCAAAAUCAUUCGAUCAGCUGUAACUCACGCAAUUGGAUAUUUUUGACCUCAACCAGCAGCUGUCACAUCCAACGGAUUACGGAUUGCUCAUCGUUUAGAGUGUUCCCCCAGAGACAGAGAGAAAGAGAAGGAGCUUUCGCAGAGCUAGAGAAUGAGAUAACUGACCACCGAACUCAGUGGCGGUGAUUUUUGCGAGUGAUUAGCAUCGGAAAGAAACGAAAUCUGAGGUAAUUCACACGAAAAGAUGGGCGUUCGUGUGAUAGAAACUGAUUCGGCAAGCGAUUCGUACGAUGAUGACGAGUGCUCCAAAUGCCAGAAAGAGCAAAGUAAAUCCCCCAAUAAAACCAAGAGAAGUAGUUCACCACCGGAAGCAACUAUCUAUGCCAGCAAGGAUCUGGUUGGCAACUGCAAAGAGUAUCGCAUCGAGAACAAUACUAAGGAUCUGAGAAUAAUUGGAAAUGGCAACCGGAUACGAAUUGUUAAUAAUUCCGGUAGCCUGCAAGUAAUUGGCAAUGCCACCAGGCUAAAAAUCCAAAGUAAUAGUGGAUCCCUGAAGUACACGGGAAACGAUGGCAGGAUCUACCUGGGUAGCGAUUCUAAGCAGCAAUUUGUGGAUUAUAUCGGCUGCAAUGGAUUGCUCAAGGUGGUCAAAUCCCUGGAUCUUAGCGGUGGUGCCAAGCGGAAGCCCAGUAAUCGAUCCAAAACCUCGAAGCCAGUGGAUCCCAGUCAAAGUCAAAGUAAUUCCGGUGGCAUUGAGAUCGACAGCAAUUUGACGAUCCAUAAUGGAGCUGGGAAUAUUGUGAUCAAAAAUGCCAUUAACGUGAGCAUUUAAGCAAGGAGCUCUCUAAGUCAUAUAAGGCCAAAGAUUAAUGUAACACAGUUCUUGCCGCCGAACUUGAAGGUUCCUACUGACUGCAUAUAGUCAUUUAGUCUAGUGAGUCUACCGACUGCUAAAAAUAUUUACAUCACAACACAUACAGCAUUGUAAAGUAUUAAACGCCACGUCGCUAGUCUAGAAUAUCCAUUAACAAUCAAUCAUAUAGCCGCUGAUUAAGGAACUUUAAAUGUUUAGCCGUAAUAUAACGCACAGCGAACAAAGCUUAAAUACUUCAUUCCGAGAAUGAAUAAUCUGAUUAUGACAAAAUAAAAAUAUAUACAUACUUAAAUAACUAUUAACACAAA